CAAGUGAAAGGACUUGCAGGGCUUUGGUUCCAGUUUUCUGUGAUGGGUAAUGCUCGAGCCAUUGGUGCAUUUCCGGUGCUUGUGUUAGUCCAGUUCUUUGUUAUUGCAGCAGAGGCAAACACUCAGGAAUAUAGUUAUAUGCAGAUUCUUAUGGAUGAGUGGAAUAUAAAACCUCCUAGUUGGGUAAGUGCCGAUCCUUGUGACGGCUGGGAAGGUAUUAAGUGCACCAAUUCACGCAUCACUGCCUUUGAGAUGAGAAUGGCUAUAGUUCUUUUCAAUGUUAUUUUUCAAGGUUCUCGGUUUACGAACUUUGUGGGAAUACUUAGCCAAGGACUAAGAAUAGCUCCUCCUGAAGCUCCAGCUACUGGUUAUAUGUUUGGCAAGGGGAUUUACUUUGCUGACCUUGUCAGUAAGAGUGCUCAGUAUUGCUAUACAGAUAAGAAAAAUCCUGUGGGCCUCAUGCUUUUAAGUGAAGUUGCCCUGGGAGAGAUCCAUGAGCUCAAGAAGGCCACAUAUAUGGAUAAACCUCCUAAGGGAAAGCACUCUACGAAGGGACUUGGCAAGAAAAAACCUGAGUCGGACUAUGUUAAAUGGAGAGAUGACGUCACUGUGCCCUGGGCAGACCAGUGGAUUCACAUGUCAGGGCCUCUGAGCUAAUGUAUAAUGAGUAUAUUGUUUAUGAUACAGCUCAAGUAAGUUAUAAACUCUGUUCUUGUUUUUUUAUCUUCUAUAUGGGAUAGUGGCAGUUUCUUACACUAAACUUUACGUGUUUAUAAGAUUUUGAUUUAAAUUAAUUCUUUACUAGUAAUACUAGAA